CCGCCCUUUCCCUCUCAGACUGGGCCUCUCCUCCUACCUCCUGGUCUCAGAACCGAUUCUGCAUCUCCCCGUUCCGCACACAGAAACGGCUCGCCAACCCCUCCCGGCUCUGUCCAGUUCAUCCGUCAGCAGACCGUUCUGAAGACAUGAGCCGUCCUCCGAUAAAAAUUGUCAGCGGGAUGCCGAUCCUCGGACCCUUUGCUGAAAACUGGGCCAAUGUUCAGGUCUUCCAGGCCAGAGAAGAUGAUAUCAUGAUUAAUACGUACCCAAAGUCAGGAACCACUUGGAUGAGUGAGAUUUUGGAUUUGAUCCUCAAUAGUGGAGACACAAGAAAGACGACCAGAGGUGCAAUAUAUGAGCGGGUGCCCUUCCUAGAGUUUGCAGUACCCAAUGUGGCCAAAGGAACUGAAAUCCUGAAUUCAAUGGAGACUCAGCGCGUGAUCAAAUCUCACCUACCUAUAGAGCUUGUCCCACAGAGCUUCUGGGAAAAGAACUGCAAGGUGAUCUAUGUGGCACGCAAUCCUAAAGACGUGUUGGUAUCAUAUUAUCAUUUCUACCAAAUGGCCAUUGUCCACCCGGAUCCUGGGACAUUCGAGGAAUUUUUUCAAGGUUUUAUGGAUGGGACAAUUGCCUUUGGCUCCUGGAGCCAGCAUGUGAAGGGCUGGUGGAAGAUCAGACAGCAGAAAAAUGUGCUCUAUAUUUUCUACGAGGAUAUGCUGGAGGAUCCAAAGCGUGAGAUCAAGAAGGUUUCGAAGUUCGUAGAGAAAGACCUUCCUGACGAUGUUCUGGAGAAGAUCCACCAGCACACCACGUUCAAGGCUAUGAAGGAAAACAAAAUGUCCAAUUAUUCUACCAUACCCUCAUCGGUCAUGGACCACACCAUCUCCCCUUUUAUGCGGAAAGGUGUCUGCGGGGACUGGAAGAAUCAUCUCACAGUGGCUCAGAAUGAAAUCUUUGAUGCGUAUUUGGAGCGGGAGAUGUCCGACACAGAUCUAACCUUCCGAUUCCAAGACUGAUGCUGCAUUGAAAUAAAUCUCCUAUUUAUCCAU